AUGGCGACAUUCGAUUUUGGCAGGCUUGACAGCAGUCGUUACUGUAUCAAUGACCCUCGAGGAGUGAGGGAUUUCCAGGUCAUGGUGGAAGACUUCAUCAACAUCGCCAAGGUCAAUCCCGAUGUAUUCAACGAUAAGAUAGGGGAGAUCAAAGAGUUUUGCCUCAUCAUCACAGACGGUGAUGCGUGGCCUCUGGCGCAGCUUGUUGUUCCCGAAUUCCGUGUUUCUCAGAACCACUGGGUUGAGGAUGGGACCAGCCCCAUGCACAUCAUACUCCAGUCAGUGAAGCAUAAGCUGCCGCAACCGCUAUCUGACUCCGAAUCCUCGUCGCCGUUCCGCAGGGGCCAUUGGACAGAUAUGCUCCCGGCGGGUUUACUAUAUGCACCAACCCGAGGGCGCGGUGUGCCGCCAACCAUCUUUGAAGAGCCAGAAAGUGACCAAGAGGCUUGUCAGAAAAACAUCGAUGCCACAUGUAAGGUCGACCUUGCUCGAGCAAGCGCUUCGCUCACCGGUUUCCUAGGUCCUCAUAACGCAGAAGUCAAACCCGGAAACCACUUGCAGUCCAUGGUGACCACCCUCACAUCCCCAACUCGACGCCCGAAGAAUGUCCUGCGGCGCAAACAUAGCCUUUGGUAUGGCUGA